AUGGCAACAGAACGUUCUUUGGCUGCCCUUCUGCGCUCUUUGCAGUCAACCUCGAAUUUUGAAGACGCCUCUGGGCUUCUUCCCACCGCCACCAGCUUCCUAUCUAUCCUCGGCAACCCGUUGAACUUAAGCCUUCUGGCUUCACAAUUACUGUCUGCACCUGCGCUAUGGAACCACCCGGUCGACCUGCUUGCGUGUCGCAAGAUCCUGAGUGUGUUCAACACCGCCGCGAUCGCGGUCCUUCAACAUGAUACCACAGAGGAAGCCCAAAUUCCUCACGGUGUGGGACGUAAUCGCCGAAUUGAGCGAGAGGCAUGGGUGAAAGCGAUCGCAGAAGGCGCUGAUGCCAAGUCACCGCGCUGGAGACAUAUGCUAUUACUUGGGGGCAUCUUGCUCGGGUUUGAGGGACAGAAUCGACAAGGCCUACCAUGGCACAUCCGAACGAAACUCGAGACUGGGUUGACAACUGCCGCCCAACUAGCUUUGCAGGAAUUGGAUCCUGAGAGUGGGAUUGAUGGCCACUGCAUCACGAUGGUCUUGAAUUAUACUUUUGAGCUUCUGUCCGACACGCACAGAAGUCAAUUGGACUACGAACGAUUGCUGCCUAUCAUGGUCCCGUCGAUAUAUCAUUCUUCUGAAGGCCUGGAGAGUGGCUAUUUCUUGGGUGCCAUCGACAAAGAUGUCGUGGAGGUGGCGGGAAAGCAGUUCCGUUGGGCCCAGAACUCGUCCACCUUCGCAUACGUGACAACCGUGACCGGACGCCCUUUGGUGAGUUCACUAGGGCCGCUGUCCAGAUUGAUUUCACAUGCCGUGGAGAAUGUGCGCGAUCCCAAGCUAGUUGCCCAGUCUGUGGAUCACUUGGCCGACUUUGUGCGGACGCUCAUGGUACAAUGGCGUCAGAACAAACUGUCCGAGGUAGAUGUUGCCGAAGAAACGGAGUUCUUGGAAGCAGAAUCGCUGCAAACUACGAUCCCGGCACUGUGGGGUCUCCUCCGGAAUUGCAUGUAUUCAGUGGUCAUUGUCCUCCGAGCUGUUCUCGGUCGAACGAUCAAUGAUCCAGCUCUUGCUGCUGGCAGCAGUGCACCCUAUCUUUGCAUGCAGGCUCUUCAUAUUCUGCGCAACCUCUACUUCAUCUCUUCCCGAACUGGCCAAACCGGGUCCUCUCAACAAAACUUUGUCUUUCUUGGCGCCAUCGACAUUCUCUCGCAAUACCCUGACUUGGCAGAGAAUUUCCUGCGCAGCAUCAAGCCCAGUGAAAUCGGGCAAAUUCCCAAUCAUCCAGUGGAACGAUGUCUGGAUUUAUUCUUCUUGAACGUGGCGGAACACUUCCCCUUGAUUCUCACCCCGGAUAUCUGCGAAGAGCUCCUUUUAUCAGCCGCCUUUCCCUACCUUGCCGCGGGAGCAAACAGCCUCUUACUCGAAAUCUUUGAAGCCGCGCAUAGUCUGGUUCUGGUCGUCUUUGCCGUUCCUCAGAAUGCCGAUCUGGCUGCCAAGCAUCUUCCCUUCUACAUCGAGAACCUCUUCGCAGUCUUCCCCGACAAUCUAUCUGCGCGACAGUUCCGUCUCGCAUUCAAGACUGUCAUUCAAGUCACUACUCCUCCGUCCCCGCUAGCCAACAGCCAGCCACUUCUCCCCUCCAUCCUACUGGAGGUGGUUCGGGAUCGCGCCCUGACUGCUUCCACCACCCCCAUCCCACCCAAUACCCAAAAUGGCUCCGCGCCCGAUCAACCGCCUCUCUCCGCACAAGCCGUCCUCACGCUCGCCCUGAUCGACUCGCUGUGUUUUCUCCGUGUGGACGAUCUCAAGGAGUGGCUGCCCCUCACGGCAGAACUGAUCAAUGCGAUCGCCGACCGGGGCAUGCGUCGUGCUUGUGUGGACCGCUUCUGGACGGCAAUCAGUGGCGGAGAGAUGGACGUGGAUCGGGCCCAUUGCUGUGUUACUUGGUGGAGUACACACGGAGGCCGGGAGCUUGUGCUCUUUGGAGCAGAGCCGGCCUCUGACGAUGGGCAGGAUGGGGCAGAGGGGGGACCCUUUAUGAGUGGUGCGUUGGGGGCUGUCGCGCCGGAGAGAGAAAGUAAGUUGUAA